AUGGGUUUGACUGCAAAAGUUGGCGCCGCCGUUGCAGAGUUGGAAGCCGGCAUGAAAACGGAUUUGGGGAGAAUCAGAGAUAGUAUUGUGCAGAAGAUGAAGCAGCAUGUUGGAGAGAUGCUUAAGGAUAUUAAGGGGAGAGUGGAGAAGAUUAAGGGGAGUGGAACAGAAGGGUUGGAUGGGAUUGAGAGUGGUAUAAAGGGAUAUGCCGCGAAAGUUGGUAGUCAGUUUGAAAAAGAAAUUUUAGAGAAGUGGAUUACGACGAUCGUGGAAGAGGCCGGUGGACCGGUGUACAGGAAUAUUAGUAAUUACCUCGGCGAUACCGGAAACCGUGGUAUGGUGGAUCGGAUCAAGGUACAAAAUGCACUUAAAAGCAACCUCCCAGGAGCUAUUAAAACGGUGUUUCCUGAAGCUGCGACAAAGCAGCUUAAAGACGCAACGGUGGAAAAUAUUGCUGAUAGGUUCAGCGCUUUUGCAGAUCAAGUUGAGAAGGAUCUGGGCAACAAGUCUACCCAGGUUGCAAAUGAGGUUUCGCAACAUGCUGAUCUGAGCGCGGCUACUAGCAAGAAUUAUCUGGAGAUUACUGUCAAACACAUUCUCUACUCCGUCGCUGUGUCCGCGAAGAACUUCGCCUUAGAACUGCAGCGGUUUGCCAGUGAGUCAAAGAUCAGUGAAGUGAGCAAGAUCCUUCCAGUAGCUACAAGCCUUUUCAGUAGUCUCGAAACGGCGCAUAACACAGCAACCAAAAAGCAGGCUGCCAACAGCGACCCUCUUGCCGAGAAAGUUGAGGCCAUUGAGACGGAAGUCAACAAGGGAAUGAAGGACGACGCUGAUCAUGACCUAGAUGUUAAUAAGAACUUCGAAGAAAUCAUGACAGCUUAUGACGGAAAGAAAAACAAUCCAGCAGGUCCACAAGGCCUGUACAGAAAGCUGACUGACGUAGACAUCCCCCAGGCGCUGCAGCCCUUCAAGGGGAUGAGUGGAUUCAGUCAAGAACAAUCUGAACUUAAAGCAGGAACAGUAGAAAAGGCUAAAAAAAAAGUCCAACAUCUCUCCACAAUCGAACAAGAGCUCCAGGCCAUCGCCCACUACGUCGAUAAGGAGAAGAAGGGGACGUCCAUUAGUGAUAAUGACAAUGGCAUCCAGGACUGGUUGAAUGAGUUGAAAACCAAUGGUCUUGGUAAUAAUGAUCAAGAGUGGGGAGAUAACCCCAAGUGUCCCAAAGGCCUCUUGAAGAUCAAGGCGGAGAUUGAGGGGGCGCUCGACGGGAUUAAGAGUAAGGCCCAGCAGGAUUAUCAAGCUGCUGACCAAUAUAUUGGCCAAUUUGCGUCCUUCAAAAGAGUCUCCGAAGAAAUCCAGCAUAACCUCAAAGAGCUAUUGAAAGCGUUUUCCGACGCCGGCAAAGAAGUGAACAAGCAACUCACUGAUUUUAAGAAUGACAAGAUAAGCUUGAGGAAGAACGCGGCUAACAGUCUCCAAAAACUUUAUAAAAAUCUUAGCAUGCUGCAAAGCAAACUCCAAGACGGUCCCAUCGCGCAGUGCACGCGCUUCAUCGACAAGGACGCCGGGUCAAUGGAAACAUACUGUAUUAACACCCUCACGCAAAACGUCAACUCCCAAGUCCAACAUGCUACCGAAACCCUCACCACCCUCGCCAAGAAGCAGUACGUUCUAUCCGUCAAGGGCCUGUUAACUAAGUUCGCCGAGAAGGUAACGGAGGAACUGAGAAGUCUUCCCCGCGAAAUCACGAAGGAUUUGACAGUAGGCCACAAAGGAUUUAUGCUACGCAUGGGAGGCGUGGAGAAGCCGGAGACUCCAAGUGGGCAAGAACCUCCGGCACAGAAAACAGACACUUUGCUUGGUAAAAUCCAAGAGGCUGUCGGAGCCUACGACCCAAGUCAGCAAGCUGGGAAAGCUGCAUCCAUGAAGGACACUUUCAUAAAUUUAGUAAAUGCAUUCCACAAAUACUUCACUCCAAUUCACAAGUACAUUAGUGACGAAAUCAAAAAGCAACUUAAAGAAAAGUCUCUGCCUGAGACGGCGGACGACAACCUUACUAAACUCGUAGAUGUACACUCUAAUUUCAACACCCUGCUUGACCACUUUAGGAAAACACAGACUAAGACUGGCGAAAAAACAUACCUUUUCGACCACGAUUUCACCGAUAAACUAGCCGCACUUAAAACACAACUUCAAACAUUCACCUCCCACAAAUUUACCAACCCGCACCAUCCCGAACUACUUGACGCCCUUAAGUGCGGGCUUAAUGAUUUCUGCACGCAGCUUGACAAAGCGUAUGUUAAUGCGUAUGAUGGGCAUGACAAAAUAGACUUUACUACAUUGCUGAAGGAUAAAACAUCAGAGGACGGCCAAAAGUCGAACGAAAAAGAGUUGACGCCGGACGGCAUGAAUGCCGCAAAAAUAAUGCUCACCAUAACUCCCAUCGUGUCUAGCGCAUUAGGUGACCUUAAAGAAAAACUUGAAAAUAAACAUAACUGGAAUGAUUACAAAAUAUAUAAUUCAAGUGAAUCUCAGCAUAGCUUACAUAGACUUUUCUUUAAAGAGAACGGCUACGAUAAUGGCCUUGCUCACGGCGCCAAGCACGGAGAGUUGAAUCACAAGACUGAGUGCAAUGGCAAUCGCAUUCUCGGUCAUUUAACAAACGGAACAAAUAAAUUGUUUGAUACAAGUGAUAUGUCACGUAAAGCCUCCGAUAUAAUUCCUAAGGACACUGAUGAGCUGACAAUACAGCUUGUUAACGAGGAUGGUGUCAUCCCAAAGCUUUUCGCCCACCUAAGUACAUACUUCCGUACCUGCCACCUUGAAAUUAACAACGCACCCAGGCCACCAUGCAAUGUUUACGAACAGUUGGUUUGGCUCAACGGCCUCUCACAUAAUCCCAUACAUGACAAGCUUGAAGAACACAUAAAGACGUAUUGCGCUAAGCCCGAAACGAAAAAGACAAUGGAAUACUCCGAGAUAGAUCCCAGAGAUCUAAGACUAGAAAAAUCUUCCAUAAUAACAGCGCACAAUGUCUUCCAAAUAAUUGAACAUCUUUGCGAUAAUUCACAUAGUUUGCUGACUACGAUCCUUGGUACAGGCAACGAACAUACCGUCUAUGCUUCUGACUUCUCUAAUAACGCACUUCGAUUAAGGUAUCCAUCCAACCCUGCCGAAUGUCUUGACAUGUUACUCGACAUCCUCCGCCGAUUGUUCUCCGUGUUUAGAUUCUUGGAAGGCCAAUGCGGUCAUCCAGCAUCCAUCUACGGAUGGGCGGACUGUGCAUACGGUAAGUCUGUCGCACCGGCAAACUGGCAGUGUAGGGACCACCCAAGGGGCAAAGCAAAUGAGCAACCAACGUGCCAACCAAACUGCCAGGCAAACACCGAACCAAAUUGCCAACCAACAUCACCUUUAAUGUCGUACCUCACUGACACUCUUCCUGGGCACCUACCACACCAGUUGACAAAUGUUGGCUGCAAGACUGUAUGUUCCACGUGCUCUCCACGUAGCAGCGGUAUGCCGUGUCUUACUCCAUUAGGCUUUAGAGCGUUCUCAGGAUCAACCAAAACGGGGAAAGAUCUCUGCAGAAUCAUCGAUGCGUUCCUUAACUUCUAUGAUGUUUCGUGCAUAUUUUCCAUUGUGUCCAGACCGCCGUCUAGUUUACCAGAACACUUCAGUUUUGUGUUGUCGCUGGUAAGGGGAUGGCAAGGUGAUUCAACUAAGCUAGUGAAAAAUGGGUUUCAAUGCGUAUUUGAACAAUCCAUCAGAGAUCGAUCCAUACACCUCUAUGACCCACCCAGCGAGCUUACCAAUGCACUUCGUGACGCUUACGGUAGCAGCCAGAGUAGUCAUGAGAGUACUAAGAAACAUACUGCAUCUCCUAAAGCAAAGGACGAUGAACUUACAAAUGCCGAUUUGUCAAGCCUCUGUAUGGCCACAGCAUGUAACGGCCAAGGUGUUCACUGCGCUCCUUACCUAUCCGCUCUAUGCACCGAUCAAUACAGUUACCUUUCCCGGAAGCACUCUGGCACAUACCUGUCCUGGGCACUUUAUCUGCCGUGGGUAUUGUACGAUUAUCUUGAAUGUCUAUACAAUGCGUUUGAAGCUAUUUUCUGCCAGGACUGGGGAUGUCAUAAUUGUAUGCAUGGCGAUAAAUGUAGGAGAGGAGAGCACGGUAAGCUGGACACAUCAUACACUGUUAGCCCUCUGGUCCCUCUCUUUGCUCUACCUGCUGCACAUCGCCGUCGUCCGCCUCGACGUCCUGAGGAUACGCUCACACCUGAGAUCGCCCUCAAGCCACCGCAUCGCCGCACAGUCCCUCCUCGCCGCCGCACGCGUCAAGGCACUCGCCAACGUCAAGUACUUCUCACCAUAAUCGUGGCUUCACGUGUGAUCUGUGUAUCACUCAACCACUCACUCAACCACUCAACCACCCACUCACUCACUCACCCACUCAACCACCCACCCACUCCACCCACUCACCCACUCACUCACCUAAUCACUCACCAACUCACUCACUCACUCAACCACUCAACCACCCACUCACUCAACCACUCACCCACUCACUCAACCACUCAACCACUCACCCACUCAACCACUCACUCAACCACUCACUCAACCACUCACCUAAUCACUCACUAA